AUGGCUGUAGGUAAUUUCCACCAGUUCGUUCCUCUUCUUUUUCAUAGAAAGACUUUACUUUCUCUUUUAUCUUUGCAUUUUUUUCUUUUUCUUUUUUACAUUUCUUUCUUUCUUACAUUUCUUUCUUUUUUACGCCCUUCUGUGUUUGCUUUCCAUCACAUCUUUCUCAUUCAUUUCUUUUUCCAUUUCAUUAAUUUCUUUUUUCUACAUUUCUUUGCACUUUGUUCUUUUUCCUUUUUUAUUCUCUUUAUCCUUUCUUUCCUUUUUCUUUAUCUGACUUCAUUUUUAAUUUCUUUCCUCGUCUUCAUUCUUCUUUUUACUCUGCUUUCUCUCUCUAAUCAAGUUUUCUCUUCAUGUUCCUCAUUUUCAAUUAUUUCGUUUUUUUUUCUCAAUUUUCACCAGGUUUAUUCAUUCGCCUUAUUUUCCACUCUCUUUCCUUUCCUCUUCCUUCCUUCCUUUUCACAUAAGACUUUUUUAUUUAAGUUUGUCUUAACUUUUGACACCUUUGUAAUUGUUUUCAUUUUUAAUUUUACAUUCAUCCUCCUUUAUUCCCACAUCAUUUUAAUUUUCUUUUUCUUUUUCAUAUUUAUUCUCUUUCUUUCAUCUUAUUGCUACUUUGUUUCUUUCAUUUUUCUCAUUCAAAUCUUUUUUUUAUCCCUUUCUUUAUUUCUUUCUUUCAAAGCCUUACUCAUUCUUUCUUUUUCUUUUCUUUCUUUCAAACCUGACUCAUUCUUUCUUUUGUCUUUGCUAUCUUUCUUUCUUCUUUCAAAACCUGACACAUUCUUUUUUCCUUUUCUUUCUUUCUUUUUUUUCAAAGCAAGACUCAUAUAUUCUUUUCUUUCUCGUUUAUAUUAUUCUUUCUUUAUCUUUCAAUCAGUUUCUUUUUCAUCCUCUUCCCAUAUAUGUGUUCAUUUACUUUCCUGGCUAUCUCUCUCAUUUUUUUCAUUUUUUGGCACAAUAUUUUCCUUUUUACUCUGCAUCUUUCUCUUUCUACUGUUCAUUCUCUCUCUUUCAAUUCUAAUUUUCACUUUUCCUCUUUAUUUUAUCCCUUUUUUUUUUUUUACUAUUUCUGCUUUUUAUUUUUUUCUCUUUUCUUUUCCUCUUUCACUCUAUAUAUUUUUUACCUUUACACUAACCUCAUCUCUUUUUUCCUUUCCAUGUCUCUUUUCCUCUAUCCAUUUGUUUUUGCCUCAUUUUCUCCUCCUCUUUCUUCCUCCUCUUUCUUUCUGUUCCCUCUGUUAUGUUUUACUUAAUUCCUUCCUUAUUAUAGCUUCACAUUCAUUCUUUUUUCCUUUUACUACUUCUUUUUUCUUGACUCCAUUUAUCUGUCAUUUCAUUUUACUCUCUCUCUGCCCACAUCUUCUUUCAUCUCCCCCACCCAGUUAUCUUUUCCUCUCUCCCACCCGUUUCCUCUUUCUUAUCUUUUCUCUCUCUCCCACCCAUGUGUUCUUUCUUCUCUCUCACCGGCUUCCUCUUUCCUCUCUCCUUUCUCCCGUCUGCUCCUUCCUUCCUCUCUCCUCUCUUCCACAUGCUCUUCUUUCCUCUCUCCUGCUCGAUUCUUCUUUCCUCACUUUCCUUUCCCCCACCCACAUCCUCUUUCCUUAUCCCCACCUGAUGCUUCUUUCCUCUCUCCUCUCUCCCACCUACUCUUCAUUCCUCACUCUUGCCAGCUUCCUCUUUCCUAUAUUUCCUAUCUCCCAUCCGUGUGUUCUUUCCUUUCUUCCGCCCACUCUUCUUUCCUCACUCUCACCCGCCAGCUUCCUCUUUCCUCUCUCCUCUCUCCAACCUGCUCUUUCUUCCUCUCUCCCACCUGUAUGUUCUUACCUCUCUCCUGCCUGCUUCUUCUUUCUUUUCUCUUACCUGCUUGCUCUUUCCUAUCUUUCCUCUUCUCCUGCCCACUUCUUCUUUCCUCUCUCCCACCCAACUUCUUCUUUCCUCUCUCCUGCCCACUUCUUCUUUCCUCUCUCCCACCCAACUUUUUCUUUCCUCUCUCCUGCCCACUUCUUCUUUCCUCUCUCCCACCAACUUCUCCUUUCCUCUCUCCCACCCACUGUUCUUUCCUCACCCUCUUCCUCUUUCCUAUCUUUCCUCUUCUCCCGCCCGUGUGUCCUUUCCUCUCUCCUGCCUGCUUCUUCUUUCCUCUCUUCCGUGCACUUCUUCUGUCCUAUCUUUCCUCUAGACUCUAUAAUCUCUUAUUUUUUUCCCCUUAUACAAAUUAUUCUGCAACCACCAAACUUACCAUCGAUCCUUUCUAAUUUCCGCAUCACACUUCCCAAUUGA